AUGCAACAGGCGAGCAAUGAGAAGAUGAAGUGGCUACACGAAGUGGAAGAGAACGGUUUGGCAUUGAAGGAUGCUCCGACAAAGUUCAGAAACGACAAGGACAUCGUUCUUGCUGCUCUGAAACAGAAGGGCCUGUCAGGGAUGGCAUUGGUUUUCGCGUCGGAAAGGCUGAAGGGAGACCGCGACAUUGUGCUGGCCGCUGUGAAGCAGUACGGCAAAGCCUUGCAGUUUGCCACACCCGACUUACAGAACGACCGGGAGAUCGUGAUGACAGCAGUGCUCGAGAAUGGCAUUGCCUUGCGGUUCGCCUCUGAGAACAUUCGGAGCGACAGGGAGUUCCUGCUGCAAGCGGUGAAGGCCACUAAGGCCUCCUGGUUACUGAACUUCUGCCCCAAGCUGAAAGGAGAUGAAGAGCUCUGCAAUGAGAUUGACCGUCUUGCUGGGACAGGAUUGGUUUUUACAUACUAUCAGAGUUACAACUGCUCUGCUGAGAUGAGAGAAUCCUUCGUUGCCACAGGUGCUUCUGUACCUGGAGGCCCUGCUUACCAGUACGUCAUGGAAAAGUUGAGGGAAAAGACGGGCGGCACUGCCACGGUGUGGUUUGACGAAAUGCCCGUUUUCGGCUUCUCUGCCGACAAUGGUGAGUGGGUUCAUCCCAGCGAAGAGUGCGGCCGUGAUUUGGUGCCGGUGCCCCCGCCCGAGGGGAGACAUCCCAUGUGGAACUGCCUGGUGGAGUCGCGCAGCAAGAAGGUGCAAGCGGAAGUUGGUUCACAUCAUCCAUGCUGGUGCUGCCACUGGCUGAGGGAAGUGAAACGUCGGCGCGAAGAAGGAGCUGUGAUCUGCUGUGCUGUUUCCAAUAUCUAUUUACCUUUCUGGGUGGAUGACUAUGGCGCAGGCUCUUCAGAGCUCAGCGAUGCUGCUGCUGACAAGUACGGCCUCAAGCGGGAAAGUUUUCGCAAUGGUCGACCACCGGGAUGGGGAGAGGGCGAGAUCAACAUCGAUGGCAAGCGAUUUUCGAGGGUGGCUCCCAUGCAUCCCGACACCCUGAAGCCGCUGGGGGAGGGGUGCCGUUGGGAGCGCCAGGCUCUUGAUGGACUCAACUUCCCUGUCUAUGUAUUUUUUUAUGCCGUGAAGGGCCCUUGA